GUGGAGCUAGGCCGUGCUGGUCAGGGCCUCGGCUGCGGGGCCUGGGGCACCGGCUUCCAGGGCGGGUGAAUGCGCUGCUUCCGCCUUCGCGGUGGGCGGUGGUGCUGAGGAGAGGAGUUUUGAAUCUUGGCGCUGGCGCAAUAAGCAGUUUAGCUGUUGGUUAGCAGAGCAGAAAUUAUGUGAAGCAAAACUCUUUCUGAAUUCUGAAAGACACCAUUUCACCAUGGGACAGCAAAUUUCGGAUCAGACGCAAUUGGUUAUUAACAAGUUACCAGAAAAAGUAGCAAAACACGUCACCUUGGUUCGAGAAAGUGGCUCCUUAACUUAUGAAGAGUUUCUUGGGAGAGUAGCUGAACUCAAUGAUGUAACUGCUAAGGUAGCUGCUGGCCAGGAAAAACAUCUUCUCUUUGAGGUCCAACCUGGGUCUGAUUCCUCUGCCUUUUGGAAAGUGGUUGUACGGGUGGUCUGUACGAAGAUUAACAAAAGCAGUGGUAUUGUGGAAGCCUUGUGGAUCAUGAAUUUAUACCAGUUUAUUCAGCUUUAUAAAGACAUCACAAGUCAAGCUGCUGGAGUGUUGGCGCAGAGCUCUGCCUCUGAAGAGCCCGAUGGGAGCCUGUCCUCUGUAACGUCUUGUCAGGCUAGUCUGUGGAUGGGCAGGGUGAAGCAGCUGACGGAUGAGGAGGAGUGUUGUAUCUGCAUGGACGGGCGAGCUGACCUCAUCCUGCCCUGUGCUCACAGCUUCUGUCAGAAGUGUAUUGACAAAUGGAGUGAUCGGCACAGGAACUGCCCCAUUUGUCGCCUACAGAUGACUGGAGCAAAUGAGUCGUGGGUGGUGUCAGAUGCACCCACUGAGGAUGACAUGGCCAACUAUAUUCUUAACAUGGCUGAUGAGGCAGGCCAGCCCCACAGGCCGUGACUGAGGAAGACUCUUGUUACUGUGAGCUGCAAUACACUGGUCAUAGAGGAGGAGUGGAGAGAUGUGUGGCGCACACAGGAAGAUCAGGUUUUCCACCCUCUUAUUUUUGCUAUUCUGAUAAUAUGUCCCAUUCUUAAAUAAACUCCCUUCCUAUGUCUUCCAUGUAGGGUGGGCUACACUUUGCUACUGUUUGGCCAUAUUCCCCACUGUCCACCUGUUCUUUGUUGCUCUUGAACCCUUUACUACAGAUAGCAAUACUUGACACUACUACUUUUCAGGGAGGGGGUGUUCUGUAUCUUCUUAGCUAGGUUUAAAAUGUAGGGUAUUGAAAGUUGUAGCCAUCUGAGCUAAACUACUGGAACUAAUGUCUCAGUGGGGUUGCUACUGCUGGGACCUGAGGUGCACUCCGCCCCCUUGUGGUUCUUUCUGGAUCCUUCACUACUAUGGCCCAAUUGCUUCUUGGUGUCACUGUAACUUCAUCAUGGGUUCUGGCGCUACUCUUGAUCACUGAGGUGCUGCAGCACUCAGAGAAGGACUCUGAGCUUGGGACUUGGUCUUGCAAUGGAAGAAUUUUCACGGCUGUUCUCCGGACCUGGGGAGGGGUUCACUGGAUUAUCCAUAAUGCCCCGAAGGAAAUCUUUCUUCGUGCAGAUACACUUUUAUAUUCCCAGGUCACUCUGAGUCAUCAAAUCCUGAGCUGGAGUCUUUGUUUUAAGUAAAGGCACCUUUCAGAGGCUUCAGUUUCCUCAAAUCUCUUGGAUUAAAAGAAAAGGAAGAUGAGAUGAAGCUUUUCACCAUGCAUUAGUAAACCCCUGAAAUCCAGAGAACGAUUGGCUUCUUCCCAUUCCUCUGCACUCCUCCGAGAGUCUGAAAAGAAUAUGGUAAUGGGAGUGCAGUGCUCGGCCAAUUGCAGCCAUGGCUUACGAGUAAGACUGUUAACAGUUCAGCCUAUAACAGAACCAGUGCAUGAAGUCACGCCACCUUUAAGAGCUCUUAGCAGUCCAUAGACAUUUCUCACUGACUGAUUGUAGGUGUUCCUGUUUUUCUAAGUACAAAGGUACACAAUUGAAGUUGCUGCUUAUUGAUUUUUAAUUAAGAUCUUAAAGAAAAUACAAAUAAAUCCCUUCCAAAGAAAAAGAUCUAACUUGCUUCCGCCCCCCAAGUACUGCAGACUUCAGUUGUCUACUGACUGUCCCGAUGUGUGAGCAAGUGCAAUGCUGUCCUCUCUCCUAGCUUAGCUGUGUGUUUUGGUUUCCCAGCCUGAGAUGGCUUUACUCUGCUGUAGAAACUGACUGUAUUUGUGAUUUUCAAACCUUAGCAGUGAAACUUCUUCCAAGUAAAUUUUUAGUCUCUAUGCACUGAGUGUAUGCACAAGUUACCCCCAUUAUAUAGAAGCUACAUUUUAUUAAUACAGGUGUCCUUUUAUAAACUUAGUACAGUGUGGUCACCAUUAAGUCAGGGUAGGAAAAUGUCACAGUGAUUGGUGAUACAGUUUCAUUAGAGUUUAAUGAGUAACAAAUUUGUGUGAUGAAAAGCUUUUGUUUUGUAAAAAAUACUACUAAUAGUAUUUCAGGGCUGGGGGUGUGGUUCAGCUGGUAGAGUGCUUGCCUAGCAUGCAUGGAGCCCUGGGUUCCACCCCAACACUGCAUAGAAACAAGCAGUCCUGGUGCUGUAUUCCUGGAACCCCAGCACUUGGGAGGAAGAAGCAGGAAGAUCAGAAGUUCAAGGAUAUCCUCAACUGCAUAGAGAAUUCAGGGCCAUCCUGGGCUACAUUGGGACCCUGUUUCAAAAACUGUGUGGGUGGUGAGGCUGGAGAAAUGGCCCAUUGGUUAAGAGAAAUUGCUGUUCUUACAGAGGACCCGAGUUCAAUUCCCAGCACCUAUACUGGUGGAGUCACCAACAGCCUAUAAUACCAGCUCCAGGGGACCCAUACCUCUUCUGACCCACCCCCACACCCCAGAAAUAAAUCUUUAAAGCAUUUUAAAAUUCAUAUUUUCAGAUGAUUCAACCUCUGUUGAUUCUCAAGUGCUCUAUGGAACGUAUUUUUAAAACCCUGGGAUAAGUGACCCUCUGAGAGAUUUUCCAACCCUAAAAAUUGAAAUUGUUCUUUUGGACUAGACUCACUGGCUUUAAUUCAAUUGUCUAAUUGAAAAUGUUUCUGAAAAUGAAUAACAUAGCUGUAUGGGUUUGGGAUCUUUUCAGCAAUAGCCAAAACUUUUUUCUCCAAGAAUCCUUCACUUUUGAAGGAUUAAACAGUGAGUUUAGAGACUUGAUAUUGCCCACAGCCCUUUCCUUGCAGUGUGAGCUCCAAGAUACAGACUGAUCCCCUGUGCAAUGCCAGUGUCUCGGCUUGCCUCACCAGGUAGAUGAGCAGAAGGCUGCUCAUUCCGUCUCUCUCCAGAUGGAUGGCAGGUGGGCCUGCCUGCUGCAGUGUCUGAUCAUAAAAGUGGUAGCUUUGUCUCAUGGUAAAUACACACUUUUCUACUCUGUACAGCUUUGUCUUAAAAUGAGGAGUACUUAAAUGCAUUUACCAUCGUAAGGAGCCGUGUGCCUUCCGAGGUGUGUGAACUGCCUCCUGCUCUGGGGAAUUUUUGUAAUUUGGACCAUUAGUGCUAUGCUCACUCAGUAACCGUGGACGCCGUAGGCACUGGGUUUCAGAAAAGAGUUUGACUGUGUACUGAUGUAAAGGCCGAGGGCAGCAGAACCUCCGUUAUUCUUGAAAGAAACUGAUACGAUGUGCAAUUUCAAAUUCUUAUAUACUAAAUAUCUAUAUUUAUUAGAAGACUUUUAUAUUGUGCUCUGGGAAUUGUGUUGUGUGCUAUGUUUUGAGAUGAUUUCCUUGUAUUAAUAUAUCUCUGGGUAAUAAGGCUGCUUGGAAACCUUUUGGUUCCCUGAUUUUUAACACUGGGAAGUUGGGUUCAUUAAAAGAUAAU